AUGGCCCGCGCGGCCCAGCACAAUGCGCUGGCACCUUGGUCUUGCUCAGCACCAGCUCGCUCAGGCCCAUCGGCCGGGUCAGGAGCACCGGGCAGACACCAGAAUCGGGAUCCCCCAGCGCAGCCUGGUAUCCUGGUAUCCGGCAUGCGCGAUCGGACGCUCGCGCCGGCAGACGACACCUCCCCGCGCGGCAUCGUUGACCAAAGCGCGCAUCUUGGCCCGGCCACGCCAUGGGCAGUCGCGGCCGCGGCGAGAUUCAAGGCCCUCGCGUUGGAUGCGCACGUUCGAGAAACGUCAAGUCGUGCCCCGACCCCUUUUCUGUUGCGCGCGGCAACGUGGUACGUCGGGAUGCCCGCCGGCGGAGAGGCCAGGCGAGACGAACCGGUGGACCCAUGGACCCGACAUGUCGACGGCGACGGGCCCGCAGGUCGCGGCGGUGCGGCGGUGCGGCGGUGCGGACCCGACAUUCGGCGGCCGUUGGGGCAGACGCCGUGGCGCAUCGUGUGUCCGCGGUAG